AUGUUCGAGGGCGUUGGUGCUUACCUUAUCAAUUACUACCUCGGAGAAUUCCUUGAAGACAUAAACAAUGACCAGCUUUCAGUUCAACUGAUUUCCGGCGAAAUUAACCUUUCAAAUGUUCCAAUUCGACGUGGUGCAAGUGAACGCUUCGGCUUGCCAAUUCAUAUUUCUGGUGGCAAUGUCGGAAACAUCAAAAUUACGCGACCAAACUGGACAAGAGUACUAACAGAGGCUUUCGAAAUUAAAAUCACAGACCUUCAUGUCGAGCUGCAACCCUCCGAAGGCAAAACAAAAGAAACUAGCAGCAAAGAAGAUGUAAAAUUUCGGCGAAUUCAAAAUCUCAUUUCCAGAUGGCUCGCAGUCGGCCAGCAGCAAGGCAUCUGGGCGUCUUACUCAAGCCAAAUCAUUUCCGAUAUUGUUCAAAAUAUCAAAGUGACUGUUUCGAACGUUAGCAUCAACUACCGCGAUCCAGAUUUGUUGGGAGAUGGGCAUGUUGCUUACAACGUUUCGAAUAUCCUUGUCGCAAACAAUCCCGCUAUGCCUGGCUUUGCCCACAAGAAACUGCUAUUGCAAGAUCUGGAGAUUAUCUGGCACAAGAACGAUAACUCUUCAACCCAUCUCAUGGAGAAAGUCGAGGCAAACAUUGACAUUGUCAAGAAUAAAAGUGUGACGCCCCUUAACGGCGAUCUUCCGCGAUUCAAAGUCGACCUGAACAUAGAUGCGGUCAACUUCCAACUGUCUGAUAAGCAGCAUUCAAUCAUCUAUUCAACGUGGGAGAAGCUAGAAUGGUUUUAUCGACGACAAAGAUAUUCCGAGUUUCGACCUAGUGAAAGCAUCUCUUCGACUGAAGAUGCCCAAGAAAGAAACAAAAUUGUCAAAUUGUGGUGGAAGUGGCUUCUUCAUCAUACAGCUCAUCCGAUUCAAGAAUAUCGUCGAUCAGAGACAAAGCCAUUUCUUCUGAAGCGUUGUUCCCAGAUCAACGAGUACGCCAGAAUCAUCAGGAAGCUUCUAAAAAAGGAAAAACUGACGGAAGAGGAGAAAGCAACGAGAAUCGAUAUCGAGACCACCUGGACCUACGAAGAAUGCCGAGGUGUCAUCUACGCGGUCUUGGACAAAGACUACUCCAAGAAACCUGAAGUAGGAGAAGAACAAGAAGGCUGGGGCGGUUGGAUCAUGCGAGGCGGUGGGCUCUUUCGAGGGCGAGCUGCCUCUACUGGCUCACCAAAGACCGAGCGUUCGAGUUCAAUAGACAGCGAAGCCUCAGCAAGUGAUUCCGAUUCACCCGUGAUUGUCGAUCCCUCUGCAGCGAAAAUGCCCAAACUAACUCUUCGAACAGCAAGUAGCAUGAACAAUCAGUGUCUACCAGAUCAUUCUGUCACAAACGACACCUUUCUCACGAGAGACAGGGUCUUUGCCGAUUUCAGUUUCAUGUUAACGACUGGAACGCUGAAACUAACGAUUGACAAUGGAGAGGAGAUCUCUGGCCUAUCAACGAUUCAAUUCGACCGACUCCAUUCCUCUCUCGGCUGUCAAUUUCGUUCAGAUACCCUGACUUAUAUAACGGAGCUUGGCGAUUUCAAGAUUGUCGAUGACUUCACUGACGACUCUAUUUAUCCCGUCUUAGUAUCGACGAUCAAAAAAGACAAGGAUGAAAAAGACAAACCUCCACCAGUUAUGUUCCACUUUUCGUACGAAAAGAUAAGCCAUCUAAGUCAAACGGUCUAUUGCGAAACUGCGCCGUUGAAGAUGAUCUUCAACAAAAAGCUGAUGGAGAUUGGCAAAGGAUUCUUAAAUUUAAGAACCGGUGGAGAGGACUCACUUCAUAAUUGGCGACAGAGGGAGCGAUAUCGCAGCUUGAAAGAAAAAGCAAAACAGACAUUACAAAAAGGCUUCGAGAAAGUCAUGGAAGAGAAGUCUUUUAAGAAAGGCGGCAUCCGUAUAACACUAGAUUUGGCUGCUCCGAAAAUCAUCUUCCCAAAGAGCUUCAACGAUCCGAAAACGCCGCAGAUCAUGGUAGAUCUUGGAAAGAUCAAAUUUUCAAACGUCGAUGAGAACGAGAAAGAACCCCUGGCAGAGUUUACUCCCGUCGUCGAGGGUUCGUCCGAAGCUCAAAAAGACGAAGAUGAAUUUUAUACUCCCGAAUAUAAUGGUAGCCCUGCAGAUCAAUCCCCACCUGUAGAAGAAGAAAGUACUGUAGCUCUCAACGAACAAACGAGAACUGUGGAAAUCCCUGAAGAGCUUCAAGAACACCUUCUUGUCUCUCACUUCUACGACAAAUAUUCUGUGCAGCUACAGAAUCUACAGAUUUUGGUGGGGACGAAAAGCGAUGAUGAAACAAUUUGGAAUAGAGCAACGUCGCAGAAAAACUCAGAGCUACAUGUUGUCGAGCCCUUUAACGUUUCUGUCGGAAUUGAAAAGCGCGCCUGCGAUGUUACCGAUGAAUCGAAAUAUCCACUCAUAAUUGUCUCCGGAAGCCUUCCUUCUCUUAUGCUUCAAAUCAACGAGACAAAGUCAUCAAUGAUAUUCUCUUGUCUGGAGGCAUGCAUACCUUCCGGCUCAACGAACAAGCCUUCAGCUCCUAACUUGGACGUAACUGUUUCUGAUAUUGAGCAAUCGCAAAGUGUCAGUUAUGGAAAAUUGAUUGUAAUCAUGUUUCAAAUUGACCGUGUCUCCUGUGGACUCUACUCUAUUCUACAUGAUCAUAUGGUCGCUGGCCUCGAAGUCACGCGAAUCAAGGCGAAUGUUAAACUGCAGCCGGAUAAGAGUAACCUGAAGCUUUCUGUUGGAUCCGUUGUUGUGACAAACAAUCACGACCAUAACCUUGGAGCCGAUUUCCAGUCAAUUUUGGUGUCAAACAGAAAUGCAACGCUUGACAUUCCAUCAGGAACCAUCAUCGAUUCGGGGUGCACGUCGCCGACCAUAGAAGAGCAGCUGGCUCCUACUCCUCCAAACUUUGUCUCCCAGCUCCAAGAAAAUCUGAACAAAUUUUGGAGCACAGAACAAAAAGAUGAAGACACUCAGACAAACUGGUCCAAUGCCGAUGAAUCAAACGAGGAGCUCGCAGUUUUUGAAUGGACGCACUACGAUGAAUCCCAAUCUGCAGAUAUUGGAGAUGACAUCCACGUAAAUUUUUCAUCUCUCGACAUUGUCAUCACUCCUGACACUUUAUCCGUUCUUCUGUCUGUGCUUCAUCGUCUCAAACCUCCUGGAAAAACGAAAAACCCUACUGACGAGGACGAAAAGACCGAUAAUAACAAUAAAGAGCGCCUUACAGUUAUCCACUUUGAAAUGAAAACUAUCAACUUGAUGGUCGGAGUCGCUGAGGGCAUCGGCGAAAGUCGUAUGGGCAGGAAAAUUGCCACUGCAGGGAUAGAAGAAUUUCGGUCUGUCGUUGAAAUUCAAAAUCCAGGAAAUGUCACAAUAUCUGGAAAAAUUGGAUCGAUCUUUGGGUCCGACUUGGCAAUUGCUCACGAGAAUGCAUAUAAGAGGUCUUACUCUAGCAGAAUUUUCGCUCUAGGAACGCCGAAGAUCAAGGAUCUUGAGUUUGACAAAAUCUUUGAUAAUGUUCAAAACGAUGCCUUCACAUUUGACUUGCAACGGUGCAACGUCGACAAUGAAAAUUACAGAAUCGACCUUGGAAUUGAAACCGCAUCCUUGUGCUACAUCCAUUCACCGCAAUUUUUGGGCCAAGUCGUUCACUGUAUGAAUGAAUUCAAGAAGCAUUUUGAUGCGAAGCUCUCCGUUCAUGCGCAGAAAAGAUUUCAAGAAGCCCUGUCAAAUCUAUACGAAAAAGUAGCUGACGUUGCGAUCGGUCCAGCACCAGCCAUGGCUGAUUUCCGAAUGAAGAUGAACUUCAAAUCACCUUACGUCGUUCUUCCAAAGCAGUUUGGAAGCUCGGAAAUGCUCCUUGCGAAAAUUGGGUCAAUAAGCUUUGAAAAUCAAGGACUGAAAAACUUCUCCAUGGAAAUUAAAGAUGGGUCAGUUAGCUCCGUGAACAACAACCACGGAUGCAAUCUUGAAUUCUGUGGGCUAAUUCUUGAGAAAACCGACGUGAAUUUGAAGUUCGACUUGAACGACGACAAAAUAUCCGUCUCGGUGGCUUUACCAGCGAAACCAAUUCUCACUCUGACGAAAAUGAAUUACGAACAGAUUCUGAAAACACUCGACAAUGUUGCCAUUCCUGACAAGGCGAAGGAACCGAGUUCGGAAGAAAAUAAAGAGUCGGAGGCUGAAAAACCUGAAUUCAAGCCGAUUUUCUUCAUGAUGCACAUUCCAUCGGCGACAAUCAACAUGACAGAUGAAGCAGAGCGAAACUCCGUGCAAUUUAUCUUCUAUGAUUUUUGGUGUAAUUUUGAAAAACUUGAACCGACUGAAUUCAAUGUUGACUUGGCGCUUGGUUCAGUAGAGGCGAUCGAUGCUGAAAGUCCUGACCAGUAUAUGCUGCGAUCAAGGAGGACUGACAAAUCGUUUGGUCGAAGACGCUGGAAGAGCUGUACACUUCCUAUCGCUGAACUUGUUCCGAGACCGAGGAAACGAGUCCGAUCAAUUUGCCUAGCCGAUUUCGGUGUUCGAACGUCUCAGUCUCUCCGUGCUAAAUAUCUCGAGUUCUUCCGCGAUUCCUGUGAGCCACUCGUCAAGAUUAACAUCAACCAGAAGAAUCCCAUUGGAUUGUCUGGCAAGCGCAAGGUGAAGAUCCUCAUAUCAAGACUUGAUGCCGGAAUCAACCUGCAGAGUUGGGUUACGCUCAUAGAUUUCUUCACCCCGUCGUCCGCACCUCUAGAUCGUGUCACGUCAACAACAUCAUCCCAGCCAGAUGGUCUCACGGCUGAAGCCAGGAAAUUCCGAAAAAAAGUCAUUGAAAAUCAGGGAGCGCCGAUAGACACGAAAAUUUACUUCGAGGUUGAAAAAUUCACGAUUAUCUUCAACAAGCCAGAAUAUCAAUUUUCGAAGGCGUCGCUUCAAAAACUCUCGAUGGAACUACAUCUUUAUCAGACUACCCACCGGUAUGAAGGGUCGAUCGGGGAGCUGACUCUCUACGAUCUGUCUCCUGCCGGGUUUCUUUACAGAGAGCGAUUUGUCACCGAUAAGGAUUCAAAAGAAAUUCUCAACUUUCAAAUAUUUCGAUACAACAAGCCCGACCACGAGUGCAAGCGGGAAUUCGAUUUGAAGGUGAAGAUAAGGAUGAAUCAGAUCAUGUAUAUUCACACUCACCGUUUUCAAUCAGAAUUAACCGCGUAUUUUCUUCACUUCCACCAGCUCCUCGAGCUCGUCAAUCAUUAUCGCGCUGCCAUGGUCGGAGCAGAAGUAACUAAUCUCGGCCGUGGAUCACGAGUCAUGUUGGACAUCACUGCUGAUAAUCCAACUCUGAUUUUACCUGAAUCUAGUUAUAGUCCGAAAGUGAUCAUUGCUGACCUCGGUAAAUUGUCGAUCUCCAAUACUUUCAAGCUCAGUGACGAGGAAGGAACGCUACACUUCGAAGAAUAUGCUCAGAAUGGAUUUCCGGAGAAGAAAGUCUUGCUCGAUUGCAUCACAGUUGGCUUGAAAGAAAUGGAUAUUUGGAUUGCUGAUCGAAUGGAGUUGAGCGACGCUGGAGAGAGCGACCUCAAAUUCAACGGAUUCAAAUUUGUCAGGCAUCAGCAAUCUCUCCUCAAGAAACGGGUAGAACUGUCCCUUGCUAUCGAAAGAAAUCUUCAGCAGAAUGUCGACCGGUCAGUUCCCGACAUGCACAUCAAUGGUACUCUCAGCGAGGCAUACUUCGGAUUGAAUAGAAGCCAAUUCUGGGUCGUUCGCGACUUCCUCGAGCACAAUCUCGGUGAGAUGCAGCCAAUAUACGAACGACCAUCCGUUCCAGUGAAUAUUGAAGAAGCGAUGACAGAAACAGUCAUGACUGGGGAAGUCUUCAGAAAUCUAAAGUUCAAUCUUGGGCUCAAGAAUGUCACAGUCGAGCUUGGAGAGGUCAACGGCGAUAAACUCGUGAAAAUGGAAUUUGUCGAUUCUACCCUGAAUUUUGAAGCCCUCUCGAAUAAUCACAAGCACACGAAUCUUGUCUGCAAAGCCUACAAUGCUUGGGACUGCCGCGAACUCUACAACAUCCAUCCCUCAUUCCAGAAGGUCAUUGCAGCUGAUUUAGAAGACGAAGAUAUCUGCCAAAUUGAAAUCGUUUUCAAAGCAACGCCCGACGGCGCUUCCUUCAAGCUUGUAACGGAAAAAACUAGAAUAAUUGUUCUGCCAGAAUGGUCGAAGCAAACAUUGAACUAUCUUCUGGAGCAUCCGAUCGAUGGCUACGGAGAUGAUUUGCGGAAGAUCAACUACGACCUGAUUAAAAAGUGGAAACAAGAACCGAGCGAUCCAAAGAACACUGGCGAAAAGGGUAAGAUGAACUUGGAUAUCACUACGAACGUUCACGGGACAGAGUUUCUGAUCAUUAAUGAUCUUACAUCUUCGAAAUCUGCAGCGAUUACCCUCCGCUCGACCGCUGUUCUGCACAAGAAUGAGUUCUCUACUGUUUUGCAGUUGCAAUGUCUGGAGCUUUUUAGCUGUGAGCUGUCGAAUGAAGAACAAACAUCGCUGUCAAUUCUUGAUCCGACAAGUCUGAAUCUUGAAUUUUCAACUCCUCAAGACGAAAAGCCAAAACUCGAAAUUAAUUUUGACGAAAUCAACAUGCGUCUAUCGUACACCGACUUUCUGCUCAUUCGAUCUAUCGGUCAGAGUUUACAACUCACCCUACGAGGAGAGCCAGACGGAGCAACCGAGACUGCGAAGCCAAGCUUUCCAGAUGGAUCAAUUGUUCGAAAAGAACGAGGAAAAGAGAUCACUAUCUGGCGGCCGUACGAGCUAUUGCUGCGAUCAGAUGACGACAAGGCGCCAGUUCCCCCAAAGCUUCAAGAGCUUCAGGAAAUCGACGCGAACCUCAAUGGUGAAAGCGUUUCCAUGACUUUCAUCGACGACUCCGGAGAACGAGACAUUCCUUUGAUAGAGUUCGAAUUGAAAGAGAUUGGUCUUGUUGCAAACAACAAAUUUGUCCGAAUGCACAACACCUUCUUCGUCCAAAAGUUCAACCAGCAGCUUUCACUCUGGGAACCCCUUAUUGAACCUUACAAAUUGAUGAUUCGAGGGGAUCGCUCUGAAGAUCACGGAGGCUAUAACAUUAACUUGCUUACUUUUACUCGAUUGGAUUUGAAUUUAACUAUGGACCUCUACUAUCUUUUAGCCCACCAGAUUCCUCAUCUGUCUGAUCUUAUUUCUGGGUCAUCCGUUCGGCAAUUUGAUGUUCGAAAGAAAUUCCGCCCUUACACACUAAACAAUGUAACCGGCUAUACAGUGACCUACUGCACCAGUGCAGAGUCUUUGGGUAAGCCAUGGCGGAAGGUACCGACGGACACUCAAGAUGACUUCACAUUCGCCAGGGGCCAUCAAAAGAUUCGAGAGUACCGACAGCAAUCACAUCGCAUCUGGAUUAAAGUUGGCGACUACACUAGUCUUCAACCUAUUGCCGUGAACAAAGUUGGUCUGUACUUCCGACACGCAGUACAUCCUGGAGGAAAAAUGCCAAUUCGAAUCCUUAUUGAAGUCCGACUUACCGAUUCAGCAAGAAAAAUGGUGACGAUUCGUUCAGCUGUUAAGAUUUCUUCGAAACAUUCUGAACCCCUUGAGAUUUACAAGCGCUCAGAUUAUACGAUCGAUGAUAUCUAUGAAAUAACGCCUCUUGGUACUGUUCAGCCUCAGGAAGAAUUAUAUAUUCCACUGCAGCACGCUGACGGUCAGUUCGUAGUUCGCCCGGUCGGCGAUCUUUACAAAAUAUCUGAAUCGACAAUAAAUUGGAGAGACUACCCAAGAGGAAUGUUUACUAUCGACUGCGAUCCUCACAGAGUUUCCGACCGUAAAACAUCGUUCCAAGUUGAAAUCCGGUCGUUCGAUCUUCCUCAAGGCCAAGAGCUGACAGAAGAAAUCCGAAAGAUUUACAAAAAGCAAAGAAUUAUAACGCUAGAUUCGUCCUACGAUCACUUGAACUUUCAAAUGCCUGGCAAUAAUAUUAUCAUUUAUCCUGGAAUCAAGAUGAAAAAUUUGCUGCCCUGUGAAAUUCAAUUUCAACUCAGCGGAUUUGAAGGUACAAUUCAGCCACAUCAAGAACAAACAAUCUAUUUUUCGCCGAAUGAAAUUAAAUUCCGAAUCCGUCUUGAAGGAUUUGAAUCGAGCUCUGAAGUAAAUCUCUCUCACAAUCGAGAUGUGCUAACUGAGAUGAGGAUAAUUGACCAAAAUCGACGACUUCUUAUCCUCAACGUCAGGCUGACGAUUGAACCCACCAUCCAAAUUCACAUCAGUUCACGCUACUGGCUUAUCAACCACACUAGCUUGCCGCUCGUUCUCCGCCAAAGCCAAUCUGCUUUUGACGCUGCUGGUCAGUUCGAUGAGCAUGAAAGCGCCCGUUGCCGCACUCCACUUCUAUUUUCAUAUACAGAUCGGGAAUGUCCUUCCUACUGUCAGCUUCGUCUUGGCUCGAAAAAGUUCGCAAGAGCAACGAGUCAUUGGACGAAUGAGUUUUCUUUGGAAGACGACUGUCAUCGGGAAAUUCAAGCAGAAUAUCAAACUUACCAGCUUGGAAUUUCAGUGAGAAAUGGCACCGAAGAUUAUCGCGAUACUAAAAUUGUAACUGUCACUCCUCGUUUUACUAUUCACAACUCAACUCCAUUCAACCUCAACUUUGCACAACAAUACCUCGUUUUCGGCAAAUGGCAUCAAGAUCCUGAAGUCGGCAAGUUCGAGUCUGCUUCUCCAGGAGCUUCGUGCAACUUUGACUGGCCAGAUAUCAAGAAAGAUAAAGUCCUAUGUAUUCGAAUCACUGAUCCGGUCGACACCCGCUGGUCGGGUGGCUUUCCUAUCAAUGUCGUGAAGACAAGCUACUUGAAUGUCAAAUUCAGUUCUCUUGACAUGAUCUUUCUCGAGGUAUCAGUUUCAUAUCAUGCGGCGAUGUUCUUCGUCGAAGUUCGCGAAAUGAAAACUGCGCCAUUGAUAAGAAUUGACAAUCUCUCUGCCGUUCCCGUCAGCAUCAUUCAAGAAAAGUGCCGGGACAACUCAUUACGAGCUGAAAUACCACCUGAUUGUUCAAUGCCCUACAUCUGCGAUGAACCGAUGCUUCCUGAGAUCAUCACUUGCUCGGUAAAAUCUGGGAAGAAAAGCGAGCUGGUCAAUCUUGAAGAGUUGAAUACCACCACUACUCUUUACUACGAAAACUUGUUCUACAUCGAAUCGCGAGAAAAUAUGGUGCUGGACGUUGAUGCAUCAAAACUACUGUUUGUCCGACAGAAAGAUCAGUCCAGAAGAAGUCAGCUUUGGCGAACCGAUCCAUCUUCCUCCCUGAUCAAUGCAAAGCAUGAAAAUCUGAUACUUGACCCGACUACUCUGAAGCUUGUUGAUCCAACACAGAAGAAAAAACAUUAUAAAAAGUGGUCUUUCAAGAAGCAUGUGAUAUGUUCUGGAUCGAAUCGUCUUUACUUGAAUAACCUUGAGUGUCCUGUGUUUUUGAAGGACGACAAAACUGAGCACAUUGAUUCCGAAGAUCUGACUCCUUUCAAAAAAGUCCGUCAAAACAAGGGCUCAGGCCAGCUCCACCUUCGUGUUGUAAGAGACGGACCAAGACGUGUUCUCCAAAUCUACGACAUUUUGAAAAGCCAUGGAACAUCUGUCGACAGUGGAAAUUUGAACGUAGAAUGCAAAGAAAAGGUUGACAAGUUCAUUUCCUCGACUAAAGCUGUCAAAUGCGGAACAAGAUAUUCUUUUGGUGUGGAUAUGCCUGCUGGAAUCGGAGUUUCUGUAAUCGCGCAACUUGUAAAUCACCAAAAAGAAGAGCUGUUCUUCUUGCAAGUGAGAGGAAUCAACAUUCAAGCGGAAAUAAAAAGAAACUCGGAAAUACACUUUCAGUUUUCUGCGCAUUUUAUUCAAUGUGACAACCAAGUUCGCGGCGCUUAUCCGAGGGUUCUUAUCGAAAAGAAUAUGCAGAAAGUGGACAAGCGAUUGGUCAGAAAUGUUUUGUCUGUGUCGAUGGCAACUCUUCCGAACACUGAAAACGCGCCUGGUCUCUUUAGACUUCUGAAGAUAGAAACUUGUCCCCUCGUGUUCAAGAUCAACGAAGGACUAAUUCUGCGAAUGAUGAUGCUCGUGGACAGUCUCAAAGUAAAGAAAGUAACUCCUGCCAGCGUGUUUACCAAAGACCCGCAGUCGCUUUUCUUAAAUGAAUUGCGAGCUAAUGCGACGAAGCCCAAGAAUCGCUUCUACUGCGAAGAGUUGUUUAUCAAACUCGACGAGCUGACGGUUUCUCUUUAUAGAGAUACAGAUCUACCGAGAGAACUGAAGCGAUACAAGACAAAGGCUAGGCUUACUCUCAUACAGUUCGAAGAUGCCAGGAUAAACAUCGAUCCUUACUACGUAAAAUACAGCUACAAAGACAUGGGUGCUUAUCAAAACGACCUGGUGACGUUCAUCAAUGCAAGCGUGAAGAAUCAAGCUUACAAAGUUUUGGGUGCUGUUGAUUUCCUCGGAAAUCCACUCGGCCUUGCGCACGAUAUCAAAGAUGGCCUAGAAGGAGUCUUAGAAGGAAACUUCUCUUCUGUGAUUCAAGGCACAACGAGAGGUCUCGCGAAUUCCGCGUCGAAAUUUGUCGGUAGUGUGGCUGAUGCUGUUUCAUCGCUUGCAGGAGAUCGAGAAUAUGAAAACGAUCGAAGACGCAGAAGACUUCAGAGAGUCGACUUCGGGAACGCAGUGGAUGGGCUUGCUUAUGGAGUGCUGGGUGGAAUGACAAGCAUUCCCGAUCAGACGUACAAGGCUGUUCAAACGGACGGAGUGGCUGGUUUCUUCAGUGGAUUGGGCAAGGGUGUCAUGGGAACAUUCAUAAAGCCGAUGACCGGUGUCCUUGACUUCGCUACCAGUACCGCUACUGUUAUUCGAGACAGUGCAGACAGAAAGAAAAAAGGCUUGGCUACUCGCUAUCCGAGAUUAAUUUCUGAUGUCAAUGGUGGCUUACCAAUUUACGACGAAGGGAUGGCCAAAGCUCAAGACUUCCUGCUCGGUAUCUAUCCAAACUUGUUGGAGAAGCUGUUCUUUACAUGGAAGAUCGAGGCGUUUAACGAAUGUCAUAUUUUAUGCGUUACAGAAUCGAGGGUGUAUCUUUUUGGAGAAACGUCGAAUGAUUUCAUGGAAAUCUUCAAAUUUACUUUUGAUCAACUUGUUGAUAUUAUUUCCCGUGAGAAUAGGGUCGUUUUUGAUCUGAAAAACACGAGGGAAAAGCUGGUUUGUAAAACGCCAGAAGAUGCUCUUACAGUCUACAAACAAGUUGAGAGCAUUUGGAAUCUCUACAAAGAUGACCAGCACACCUUCACGGACGUGUAG